CCCACGUAAUUAAAUUACUGAUUGUGUGUUUUCGGAAUAUAAAAUUAUUUUAUUUUAAUCAAGGAAGGGCUUUUCGCCGACGUCGUAGAAGACGAUGCGACGGUUACCGCCGCCGAUGAAUCGAGGGUGCUUCAAUUACUAUGAAGUCUAUUUGUCGCUCGUUUAAUCUUUAUCCCCGCCACCACAUCCUCCUCUUUGGACUGUGCUCUCCGGCGGCGAAGAAGAUGAUGAGUUCUUCUUCUAGUCACUCUCCGAAGCAAACUACAUCGCUUGAAUCAUUCAACGAGCAAUUGCUCUGAGAACAACAUUGCUUCACCAAGAAGCCAGGUUGAUCUUCCUUGUACCCCAUCUGAUAGAGUUCACAAUUUUUCAAAACUGGUCAACCGGUAAGGAUGCUUUGUCUUUGCAGAGGAAUUUGGUAUGUAAAAAUAGGGAUCAAUUACCGACGCGGCGGAGACGACAGUCUUUGCGCUUAGUAGAGGGAGAAGUCAUUGGGACAACUCUUGAGCAUAAGGGUUCUAAUGGCUCACGAACAAGUAUGGUUGCUCUUGAUUCUACCAACACUUGUACUGAUCCCACCAAGACUUCACAAUCUCAAGUUUGGAAAUCCCCCAAGGACAGGAAUCACAGAGUUUCGGCAUGUAACAAGAUAAGUCCUAAGAGGAGACAUGAUUCUCUUUUCCACAUUUGUUCUUCUGUCCUUAAAAGAAACGAUUCAAGCACAACACCAUUUUUGGAGCAAGAAGCAAACCGGGAAACUGUUGAAGUUAGUAACAAUAACAAACACAGGGUCCUAAGGCCUGGAAUGGUUCUGCUUAAGGGCUUCCUCUCGCAUCAUGUACAGGUAAAACUGUGAAAAUCAACCUAAUCUACACAUAUAUCUAUCUUAUUUUUGAGCAAAGUAAAGAGCUCUAGUUUACCAAGAAAUAACAGAAAAGAAAUGAGCUCUACAUUCUACACAUUCAGUGUCUUGGUAGAACAGGCUAUCCGAGAAGCACAUGCUCUCAUCGUAAGAGAAUCAGGAGCAGAAGAUGCGGAGAGGAUACUUCCAGUGAUGUCACCAGACAUUUGUAUAGUCAACUUCUACUCAGAAACUGGAAGACUUGGUCUCCAUCAGGACUGAGACGAAAGCCAAGAGAGCAUAAUAAAAGGGUUACCAAUUGUCUCCUUCUCCAUAGGUGAUUCUGCAGAGUUUUUCUACGGAGAGAGGAGAGACGUUGAGGAAGCUGAAGGAGUAAUAUUAGAAUCUGGAGAUGUGUUGAUAUUUGGCGGGGAAUCUCGGAUGAUCCUCCAUGGCGUUAAGUCUAUCAUACCAAACUCAGCUCCCAUGUCUCUACUCUACGAGUCCAAGCUCCGUGCCGGACGUCUCAACCUUACUUCUAAUCAUACUGGUGGGUAAAUAAAAGGGAGAGAAGCACAUUGACUGAUGACUUUCCUCUUUCAUCUUCUUCUGUUGACUCUCUCGCGACGGAAUCCCAAAGAAUCGCAUCUCUCCUUCCACACUUGGUUUGGUUGCUGUCUGUCUCUCUUUGUUUCCGCCACCUCCCUCUCCGGUGCGCCUAGGGUUUCCAAUCUGAUACGCUCUUGGAGCUGGGUUCUCCUCUGCCUAGGCCAUUGGUGCAGCGGCUUUGCUGAUUGAUUUCGGCUUCUUCCGUUUGGAUUGAUGGCAUUAAGAGGAGACUUGAUGGUCUCCCAGUCUUCCGUUACCGUACUUGUCACCAGUCACCUCUACGACGACGACUGCGCCUCCUCCCCUCUGGAAGAUUCCCGCAUCUCCUCUCCCAGCUGCUCUCAGAAUCUCACCGCCACAAGCAUGGCAUACCGGCCUCAGACACAUUUACUUACAAAAAAAAAAUAUAUAUAUAUAUAUUUUAUGACUGGAAAAAAUCUCACUUCUCCAAUGUAUAGGCUUGUGUGCACCACGCGGCCUCAUCAGAGAAUGGAAAAAGUAGUUGGUCUCAGCUUUCAGCCUGGACUCGAUCCGGCAAAGAUUGUGAGUGCGUCACGUCACAAGCAGGUGACAUUCAGUUUCUUGAUCUGAGAAGAACAAAGGAGACAUACCUGACGAUAGACGCGCACAGGGGAUCACUUACUGCAUUCGGUGUUCACAGACAUGCUCCAAUCCGGUUCAGCAAAACAGAUUGUUAAAGUGUUCAGCUUUAAGGGAGAACAACUUGGGAUCAUAAAGUACCACACGUCUUUCAUGGCCCAGAAGAUUGGCCCAGUCAGUUGCCUAGCGUUUCACCCUUAUCAGGUCUGGCUAGCUGCAGGGGCUGCUGGGUCCUUCGUCUCCUUAUACACCCACCACAACACACAACCUCCAAGAUAGAUAGAUCAUGACAAGUAGUAAGUGCAAGGUGAUUUCAGAACUAGGUAAAAUUGGGUCUUAUUUAUAACAUUAUUUUUUAGCCUCCGAUGAAAAGAUGCAAGCAACACUAAUUGAGGGAGGCUUUGCCAGAUAAAUUUGUGGGUCUCUCUAUUUUACUCAUGUAAAUGUGUUGUAAAUAGUCUUUUAUGUGUGUAUUUUCUUAAAUCUUCGUAUUUCUCCGUUUUGUCAUUAUUUGCCUAUUCAUAUUGUGUAAAGAAAUGGACACAAUAUGUAAUCAUAGAAAGAAAGUUAGAUCACUGUGUAAUUUAA